AUGAUACAGAUACUUGACGUCGUGCCCGUAGGAUGGCAUGGGAUGAGACACCACUGGUGGCAGUUUGUAUUGAUCGGUUUUCUGCUUGGUUCCUUCACUAUUGGGUUUGUGUACGUGAUUCAAUAUGCGGUUAGAAGGUGCUUCAGUUACUAUCAGUUGAGGACAUGCUCAGAGUCUAUAUCAGAAGAUAUCUCCAGCAAAUUGGACAGACUCUCAGAGCGACACUUUGCUUUGGGGAACUUACAGGCAAUCAAGCGUAAGCCAUCGUCUUUCGGUGCUUACCUAGGAAGUUUCCGCACACCAGUAACGGAGCUGCAAUACAGAGUUCUAAAUCAAUGGGACCUCAUAAUCGUCAAUCCGUUUCAACCAGGUGUUAUUGAUGCUGUUUCCAAGUUUGGAACAAAGCCGGUACUAGGCAGGGUGGAUCUGGAUCUAAUCAUUUUUCGAGGACAUUCAACGCUCGCUGGGAUUGAAAAACUCGAAGAUAUCCUCUUUGGUGCCUUUUAUGGCAGGUCCUUUAGCGGGAUCCUGUUUUCAAAUUGGGAGUGCAAAUUCCCGCGAGCUGUUUGGAUUAGGUUGCUUGAGAUUAUCGAAGGCUUCGGAUUGGCAAUCUACCUGGAAACGUGGCCACCGAAUUUUCUAAAAGACAACGGUCAACUUCGAACCAAUGCAAUUUCUGGUCUUGUCAUCAGGAAUGCGAGCAUCUUGCCAAAUGGAGAGAAGCGUGAUUAUUUUGAGAUGGCGGAUAUGCAAUCUACUAUCAAGGCUUUUGUCUCAGAGGCUUGCACCAGGGACUUCGUCGUAAUGAUCUGGGAAACAGUCGACGAUAAUGCUGUAGUAUCUAAUGCAGUUAUACGGCGUUCAUUGCAAUGGUGCAGCUUCUACAGCGCAUUAUGCUGGACAUGCCGCCAUUCUGCUCUCUAUGAUACGACUCUCAGUACUAAAACAAUCGAACCACUCUCCGCGUUUGGAUGGUUGAAGCAUGCAGACACCAUGGCGGCGCACACUUAUUGGCGCCUGAACACCGAUAUCAAACGGGACUUUGUCGACAUACCUGGAUGGAAUACUCUACGGGGAUACUUCCCAAGCCUCGACGCUGUACUUAGGUCGGCUAGCUCGCAGGUAGAGGUCAUGGAUGAUCAGUCAAUAACCGUCCGUGAUCCGUCAAAUUGGUCAACAGUUAUGAGUUCUCACGACAGCCCAUUAUCUGUGUCAUUCACGGAGCAGAGUUAUGACUCAUGCGGCUGCAUUCCAUUGGGAAUCGAUGUCGCGCCUGUUGCCUUCGCUGAAAUUUUGCAAUCCCAGCUACAGCUCAAGUCCCUGGGCCUUUCCGAUUCAGUUUCCGUAUCCAAAGUUCAAAGCAUCGGCAUCCUUCUGCGGCAAUUCUGUGAUCAUUGGGCAGUUAACAGUGGGCCUGUAAAAUCUAUCCAAGAGCUAGCUGAACUUGCGAUUGAUGGUUCACUAUGCAUAAACCUCGGUAUGGACUCUGGGUUCCGCAAGGACACCGACUCUCGACUUUGGGCCGUCUACCAAAUUGAUUCGGCGGGAAUCGAAAUCUUCGUCUCGAAAGAUGCCCAGGAUUUGGAAGGCACUGUACUACAUACAUUUCUGUCUGCGAAAGGCCAUUCUCGACAAAUUUGCUUUGAAGCGGAAACUGCGCUAGGAAACUGGUUGGAUAACCUUGUUGGCAACACAGGCCUUCCACGGCGAAUCGUGCAGGAUAUCGAUGCUCUUAGCCCAGAGGAACAGCUUCUCCUGCUCCAACACCUGACGGUAACGUAUUCAACAGACGGAAUAUCCGAAGCCAUCUGUACGUACAUUCGAAAGCAACUUGUCGACGCCCCAUCUUUUGUCCAGCUGAAAGAGCUCAGCACAAUUGGCUUCCUCAGCGGCUCCGUUUCUCCUGAAACUCUGGUACGCACCCGGGUAAACUGGUACAAAGAACUACAGUGCCAAUAUCCUUCAACUUCGACAUGCCUCGCUUUGUUCAAUGAAGUUGAUGUCACCUUCACUCGAAUCUUGUCUGAACGACGGGAACAGGACCUCGCUCAUAUUACCAGCUCCUUAUGUGACAUUAUCAAAGACCAUAACAUUGAUCCGUACACUGAUAUUACAGCGCUCUCGCUGUUCUGUGCUGCAAGGAAAUGUGCAUUUGAUGAAAUCUACACGGAAGUAACAGAUCGGAACCCUCUCUUUGGUAUUCAAAACGAUCAGGCUGCCGCCUUUGCGGAGGCAUUCGCCCUUGGAUCGCGCUGUGAAGCCUACUUUGAUGUCUCGCCCAGUGUUUUCGGAAAGUUGUUGUCAGACCGUUUCAGGUGCCAAUAUUCCACACGUGAGCUUCCUGACUGGGUCAAUGGUGCUCCACAGGUAGCUACUGCGUACGCUGGGGCACAGACGGAUGUGGAUCAAGUUUACUGUGUCAGACCGAUGUCCCCUUAUCAGCGCUUUACGUUUCUUAGUGCAUUUGCCGUUCCGGCUUUGAUUGACAUCCUUCUACUCACCAUAAUCGGUCGAGGAUUGUAUCUCUCCACGUUCAUGACAUACGAUCAGCAACAAAGUGCAACACUUGCAGUGAUGAUAUCACUGUUGCUGUCAGGUGCUAUUGGAUCAUGGAUUGCGUGCGGUGGCCCGUACUACCUCGCCUCUAUGGCUUUUGCUGCUGCGAAUAUGUUCAUCCUGACCCGACUCAUUGCUGGCAUUGCUUUUACGAUUGCAACUGGUCUUGUCGCCUUCAUUGCCAUAUCUGCUGGGAGAGGUGCCGCCGCUGGAAUAAUCUUUUACCUUUACUUAGUUGCGUUGACAACCUAUUUCUCCGUUUUCGCUUCCCUUGCCAGCUUCAGCUAUCCCAAGUCGUCAUUUCUAUCUGGGCGCAAGAUUAUCUUCUACUGUGUUCCGAUCUUAUUCAUCAGUCCGAUUAUCACUACCUUUACAGGCCAUGACGUCGCUAUUUAUCUGGCUGUUCUUUACGCCUUCCUCGGCUGUCUGCUACUUGGUCUUCGGGCAGUCGCUUCAAAGUGGGUAACCUGGUACCAGAGAAUUCGCAGAACCGACGAUACUGAGAUUCGAAUGUGGUACAUUUCGACCUACAAAAACAAUGACGAAAAAGCACUUGAUGGUCUUAGCGAUCCGGCCGUUCUCAAGGUAGCAAGAGAUACGCUGCUUAGGGAUGUUUUUGCCGAAAGAGAAAGGAGAUCAUCAUCCAGAGCCAAGCGCAGUGGGCUUGUCUUCGAACUUGCGAGAGAUUGGGAGUCGACCAAUUUUCUGCUCGACUGGUAUUGCAGGUAUGCUGAUGUUCCGCGGCCUAUUGCGUUUAGCUCGUCUUGGAAUAUUCAGCUCAAUGUUGCACUGGAUACACUCCGCAACUCCCAGAAAGGCCUCCGUCUGCACAAUGCCUUUAUUCACUGGCGACAAUCAGGUAAGGAGAUUGGAUGUGGAGUCUUAUACUUUGUUAUCGCGCUACUCGAUAAAUGGGUAGAGCUUCUUACUGGCGGCCACCUUGUCGGACUCUCCACUUCGUUGAGGAAUACAUCACGUAUGGCAAUCGGAUUUGGUCUGGCCUAUUAUCUGGUUGGGGCUGUUUUAAUUGACAUCAAAGCCCAGGACCUCGAGGACCUUCUUGGAAAACAGACGCCCAUGGCAGUUAGGACUGCUCAAGACGCACGCAUUUCUCAAAAGCGCUAUACCAGGUUCAAAAUAGCCGUGUACUGGAGGACACUAUUCAAAUUCCUUAUGUGGCAUACCUGGAGUCUCGCUAUCUCAACAUCUCUUGUCUGGACUUUUCAGGACUCUUUGGAGGCAACAAUCACGUUCCUUCUAUAUGUGCUCGCGUACACCGGUCUACUCUGGUACCAGUACACCAAGAUAUUUUCUGGUCCUUAUGCCUUAAAGCCGCUUCUAGCCGGUGUUGUUGUUGGUUUGCCUAUUGGUAUUGCGCUAAAGCAGUGUCUGCCUUCAUUCCAGUAUCCCCAGGUGAUAGGACUUGCAGCUGCCACCUGGACUGUUGCGCUUCUUUCACUGUCCACGGCAAAGUUAGGGAUGCCUAGGAGAAUCGACUCACUGGAAACUCCCAGCGUGUCAUUUCAUGCGUAUACUACGCCUUGGAAUGAUCCUGAUUGGUCGCAGGAGGAGCUAAAUUCCCUUUGGCAAAAUUCAUUGCAGAUAUCACCCCACUCUCGCCUGAAGCUAGCACCCAAAGCUCAUCCGGGAUUUGAAGUCAAGGAUAUCAUGAACUCCCGUAUAGAAAAGCCAAAGACAGAGAAAGCAUUCCCCAACGUCGACGAACUCGUGAGAGUGGCCAUAGAUGGAUGGGAGGAAGGGAUUAUCAUGAUUGAGCUAGUUCCUUCAGGGUCGCUUGGACCUGGUAUUCAAGCUCUCAGUUGCCAUAACGCAAACCAGCUGCAUCUUGUUAUUAGCGUUGGGCGAGGACUGAAGAAGCAUAUUGAUGUCCAUGCCAACUGCCAGAUCAUUGCGGAGACUCUGCUACAUGCAGUGUCAGAAGCAUUUAUGGGAAUGCCACAUGAGCAUGCAGUGCUCACCGGAUCACUUGUUACAGACGAAAUGGCAGAAACGACCAGACAGCAACUUCAUGAGGAAUCCAAUACGGCAACUGUUACACGCUGGGCUAGAAAGGAACUAUUGCGGCAGCUGUGUCUAGGGUUUGACUGUGAUACCCAGUGGGAGCAAUUACCGAAACAGAUCCGAAUUAUGCUGUUGGACCGUUGUCUGGGGCGGCCAGGUCGGUUAUCAGUCGACCAGGCAGAGUGGCUUCAAGAGAGACUGUGCCUUUCCGACGCCAAAACUCUAGAUGUCCAUGUUGCUCGCUGCAAUCUUGGUGUAGCCACCAUGGCCAGGAUACUUGGCUAUCCACAUCAUGGGACCGGCGGAGCCUUGGUCAAAGAACCAGAGCGUGUCGCAUACAUUCCACGCCCUCCACUCACAAUUUCUAGCAUUGUUCGUCUGUUAAAAGCGCCAUUCAGCUACUUUUAUCAUGCUCUCGGUUCCCUCAGUAAAUUCGUCAUUGUCGCCCUCGUCGCCGAUGCAGAGUUCCAGCGUGAAUUGGACCAUGUCAUGAAGCACCACACAGUGGUUUAUCGCGUUCCUGUGAAGCUUACAUUGAACCUAAUUUGGUGUUAUGCCAAGAUCGUGCAAGACACUUUCAUGGUCUUCUUCCUUUUCCAUGGCCGUGAUGACGUCAAGCGUCUCUGGAACGAAACGAAAGGAUUGACAAUCGGAAUCAAGAAAGCCAGUGUCAUGAUCCAAGGUCUUGACGGAACCUUCACUGCCUUCUGGCACGCAGGGGAAGAUAACUGCUUCAGAGUCUUCUACUACACGGGAGAGCAUAAAACUGAGCCAGACGACUCAACGCUCCUGAAAUAUGUCUGUACCUACUCUAACGAUCUUCUUCUCAAUAUCAGACAGGAGCUGAGUUAUGGUCAAUUGGUCAAUGAAUAUCACUACGACUAUUUCAUUCCUCGAAGAACUUCGAGGCUAAAGAAGAGCUUUGCGGCGAAAAUCCCACUAUCCCGACGUUGUGUGAACGGAGAACAUGCGUCACAGCGUGUCCAAUAUAAUCGCAACGGGCUUAUUAGCUCCGGAUCUUACAUGAGGAAUGGCAGUCUUGUGCGCUUCCAAUACCGUUACCGCAAGAAUCCUCAUUUCGGAGACGAAUUGCUUAGUGCUGAAUUCUCCUUCCCCCAUACUAGAUGCUCGAUCUCCUGGUGUGCACCACCUCUUCGUCGUUCCGAAAAGGCCAAUCGAUGGAUUCCUCAUGCCAAAGUCACAAGGGCAACCUUUGUCCAAGGCUCUGAUGUCUAUGAGAGUCGUUGGCUCUAUGAUCACAAAUUCAAUCCGGCGAUCUUUACGACGCUCAAUGGGGAGAAUGUCAAGACACCAGCUUUCAUAGAAUAUGACCAUUUGGGGAUCCUUACGAAGCCGAAACAUACCAGCUUUGUACGCGACAAUCCACUCCUCUAUUGUGAUAGUCUGACUACCAAUAUCUUUCAACGGUUCUUAGGCCUUACCACGAGGCGAUUUCCUGUCUCGACAUCACGCGCCCGUUCACUGAUGUGGAAGGCAUGGAAAGAUCAUGUUGAUUUUGACGGCGUAACUGUCCGCUGGAUGGAUGAUCGCUUGCUACGUCGCGACAGAACUCUUGCCCCGUAUUGGCGCCGUCGUGACCAUGGCGAGCUUGUCUCAGCAGAAACUUACCUCACUCAACAUGCCGAUACCAUUAUGGCCAGCGCUGAUCUCAACGACAAUGUAUCUAGUUGGACCUCCCUGGCAGUGAAAAUCAGCGACCUGUUCAACUUUGGCCCUGGAGGGGAUGCUGUGAUCAACACCAGAACCAAGGAUUUUGGAUCGGAUACGGAAAACACGCUUCAUGUGAUGGCUGCUGAUACUGGGACUUGGCCUAAUGAAGGUGGUGGUGUUUCUGCGUGUCGGCGUGAUAUGGUCAAUCAUUUGCGAACGGUCAAGUGGCAUAUGAUCUGCGAGUCAGCGAAUGACUUUGGAAUUCCUAAGCACCAGACUGAGCAUAAUGUCCAGUCGUUGAAGAUUAUUCCUCUGUGGGGGUUGGACUUUCUCACUCCAACGCAUGGUCUGCUUAGGAAUAAGUUGGAUUCCGAGGUCGACGACAAGACUUCUGCCAAUGAAUUCGACAUCAAACAGAAUUUCGUCCCGAUUCUGGCAACGCUGGUAAAGAGUUCUCGUGCUGUCAACCUAACUAGGGCUGACAUUCGGCAAUCUACUCGGGCACUCGUGAACUUGAAUACAUACUUCCAGGGCUCCAGACACUGGACACAAGUCUGGAACAGCGACAUCGUCAAGAAGAGCUGGGGCGAGCUCUGGCUUUCUCAAACAAUGCCCAAUGCCAUCCCAACUUCCUCAUGGUUCCAAACCGAGCUCCCAACACUAGCAUCCCUCGACAUCGCCUUGGAACUCUGGUACCGCUACCUCUUCAUCUUCUCAAUCCCCGUUCCCAAAAAAGUCCCCGACGUCUUCCAAGCCUCCCACCACAGCGUAAGUGCUUCCUACGGCGUCGUCUGCAAAAUGAAACGCGGCUGCACCCUCCAAAUCUGGGACCACGCCAUCUCCUGGCGAGAGGUCAACAUCAGCCUCUCCUCCGCCCUCUCCAAACUCUCCCCUUUUAUCCGAAAUGCUCUAUUGGGCUUAAUGCGCAUAACCUCCGUCCUCACUCUGCACCACGCAGACAUCAUAACUCCGUGCACGGACUUCUUCAAUCCAGACUGGGAAGUCGAGAUUGGGACUGUCCAGGGCACAAUCCAACACCGCAACAUCUUCCGCAGAAAAGUUGACCCCGUCGUCAACGGCAUCAUCAAUAUGCAGAAAUUCGCCCCAGUCAAGGAAAUAAAAUCCCAGCACCCAACAGUCACCAUGUUAUCACACGUCUGGUACGCAAAAGAUAUCAAAACCGCCCUCCUAGCCGCAGACAUCAUAAUCAACCAUUGGCACUUCACCAACUACAACCUCGAAAUCUACGGCGCAAUCGACAGAUCUCCAAUGUACACGACCGAAUGUCAAGAGAUCAUCGCGUCAAAGAGUCUUCGUGGGAAAGUCACUCUCUGCGGCACCGCAGACCCGCUAGACGUCCUGGAGAGAACAUGGCUCUUCCUCAAUUCGUCCCUAUCAGAAGGACUCCCGCUUGCACUAGGUGAAGCCGCGUUAACCGGUGCACCAGUCGUAUGCACAGAUGUCGGUGCUUCACUCCGCGUCCUCAGUGAUCCAGACGAUUCAUCGCGUUACAGCGCGGUAGUCGCACCAAAUGACGCUCUCGCGCUUGCACGUGCCCAAAUCUCCAUGCUAGCUAUGCUCGGUGAGUGGAGCCAGUAUGCUGAUGAUCCUGAUCAUAUGCCAGCACCGAUCCUCACCUCCAAUCCUUCACGCGAGGACGUUGAAAGAAUCACGCACCGGAUGUACGAGAAGACUCCGCAGCGGAGGAAACUGGGGAUGAUGACGAGGGGGAUUGUGCAGAAAUCGUUUGGUGGAGAGCGGUGUUUGAGGGAGCAUGAGCAGAUGCUUUGGGUUGGGAAGGCGAUGAAAGUUAUGAGGAGUCGGUCUAGGAAUGAGAUUGGGGAAUGGGAGGAGGUGGAUAAUGGUGGGUCGGGGGGGGAUGGGUGGGAGUCUCCGCCGGUGGCUUCUGGGAAUGGCAGGUAG